AUGAAAUUCCAUCAAAUAGACUGUUUUAACAUAAACAUGAGGUUUUUCAAAUUCCUUGCGAUUUGGCCGGGUAACAAUCCGUGCCGUUAUUAUAACUACUACAGUAAAGCAUUCAUUAUAGUCUUUGUUGUUAUCUUCUAUUUACUGUUUUCUAUUAACUUUUAUUUUCUACCUAGACAAUUGGAUAUCUUCAUAGAAGAAAUGAUAUUCUAUUUCACUGACCUCGCUGUAACAUCUAAAGUUUUGACCUUCGUUUUUAUGCACGAUCAAAUAAUUGAGAUUUUAGAUAUACUUGAAAGUGAUCUUUUUCAACCAGACGAAGAUGAAGGAUUGACUAUUUUGGAAAAAGCUAAGAAGUUUAAUAAGUCUUAUUGGAAGAUUAUUACGAGUGUUUCGUACCUAUCUAGUUUGAUCACAUUAUGUCUCCGCUGAUCAGUCAUAAUUUUGGGUGUAGAAUUAUUAUUACCUGUCUGCCGCUACGCUUUUAUUUCUGAGGAGUAUAAAUUAAUGUUCAUUUAUCCUAUUUAUUUGUAUCAAAGUGCAUCCAUACAUUUUCAUAUGUUGUACAAUGUGAACGUAGACUCAUUUUUUCUUGGCUUGAUGGUGCUGGCUAUAGCUCAGUUAGAUAUCCUUGAUACGAAGUUAAGGAAAGUCACAGACGAAAAUAAAAUUGAAGAUAUCGAUGAAGAGGUUUCAAGGUCACCGGCAGAUAGAAACAAGGAAGACGUCAUGAAAAUGAAUCAAUGUAUCAUACAUUUUAUCAAAGUCUGCAGAUUUUGUGAGCUCGUUAAAGAUGUAUUCAGUGCGACAUUAUUUGUACAAUUUGGUUCAGCAUCAAGCAUUAUAUGCGUUUGCUUGUUGAGAUUUACCAUGCCUGCACCAAUGGGCUAUUACAUAUUUCUGGGUACUUAUAUGUCCGUGAUGAUUUUACAAAUAAUGGCUCCUUGUUGGUUUGGUACUCGUAUUAUGGUCAAGAGUCAGCUUCUUGCAUUCUCCGUUUACAAUUGUGACUGGACAUCUCGCUCGCGUCAGUUCAGGAGCAACAUGCGUUUCUUCGUGGACAGGGUCAACAAACCUCUCUCUAUUACUGGCGGCAAAAUGUUUAAAUUAUCACUGCAUACGUUUACUUCUAUCAUAAACUCAGCUUACUCGUUCUUCACUCUUCUCCAGCACUUUCAGAAAGAAAAAUAG